CGGAAGCUGUAAUGUUGGGCUAACCCACGUUGGCUGCUUUGGGAGUUGGGAAGAGCCCCUGAAGUGCUGACGCGGAGCAGGGCUGAGCGAGUGAGCGAAGCCGUGUUGGAGGACGAUGUUUCGCUGGAGUUUGGCUUUCUUGCUCGCCUUAUCGCGGACACAAUGCUACUUUUCAGAGGAAAACUACACAGAAGAGUCCAAAAUGCAGCUGCCCACAGUCGUAAUAGCCAUAAUCGCCAGAAACGCUGCUCAUUCUCUGCCUUACUACCUCGGAGCUCUGGAGAGACUCAAGUACCCCAAAGACCGGAUCUCCAUUUGGGCGGCGACAGAUCACAACAUUGACAACACCACUGCAGUCCUCCGAGAGUGGCUCACUGUCAUGCAGCAGUAUUAUCACUAUGUGGAGUGGAGGCCUAUGGACAAACCAACGUCUUAUGCUGGUGAGUUGGGGCCCAAGCACUGGAGUAACGGCCGUUAUGAGUACAUCAUGAAGCUCAAACAGGCAGCGCUUAACUUUGCCAAGAAACGCUGGGCUGACUACAUCCUGUAUUCAGAUGCAGACAACAUUCUGACCAACCCAGACACCCUGAACCUCCUGAUCGCAGAGAAUAAGUCUGUUAUCACCCCCAUGCUGGACUCUCAGUCUGCAUACUCCAACUACUGGUGUGGCAUCACUCCUCAAGGUUACUAUCGUCGCACAGCAGAGUAUUUCCCAACCAGGAACCGUUACCGGACGGGCUGCUUCCCUGUUCCAAUGGUGCACUCCACCAUGCUGUUGGACCUGCGCAAAGAGGGCACCAAAAAACUCGCAUUUCACCCGCCACACAAAGACUACUCAUGGCCUUUCGAUGACAUCAUUGUCUUUGCCUUCUCCUGCAGAGUGUCAGAGGUGCAGAUGUAUCUUUGCAAUAAAGAACGCUAUGGUUACUUGAACGUCCCUGCCAAACCUCACCAGACUGUGGAAGAUGACCGCAUCAACUUCGUCCAUCUCUACUUGGAAGCUUUGAUUGAUGGGCCCCCCAUGUACGUGUCCCGCUACGUCCAUGUUCCACCGAAGCAGACAGACCUGAUGGGUUUCGAUGAGAUUUACCUUAUAAACCUGCGCAGGCGGCCGGAUCGUAGGGAGAGGAUGCUGUGGUCACUCUAUGAGCUGGAGAUCAAUGCUAAAGUGGUGGACGCUGUGGAUGGAGCAGCUCUGAACAGCAGUGAUAUCAAGAUCUUGGGUGUCGACAUCUUGCCGGGAUACAAUGACCCUUUCUCUGGGCGCUCACUGACCAAGGGAGAGGUGGGCUGCUUCCUCAGCCACUAUUAUAUAUGGAAGGAGAUGGUGGAUAUGCAGCUGGACAAAGCUCUGAUCUUUGAGGAUGAUGUGCGAUUUCAGGGCAACUUCAAACGGCGCCUCAUGCAGCUGAUGGAGGAGGUGGAGCUAGCAGAACUUGACUGGGACAUCAUAUACCUGGGCAGGAAGCAGGUGAACCCUGGACAGGAGGAGCCCGUGGAGAAUGUGAGGAACCUGGUGUUUGCUGGUUAUUCCUACUGGACCCUCUCUUAUGCCAUCUCCCUGCAAGGGGCACAGAAACUACUCAAUGCAGAACCACUCUCCAAAAUGCUCCCUGUGGACGAGUUUCUGCCCAUCAUGUAUGAUAAGCAUCCCAAUGAGGACUACAAAUCCCAAUUUCUGAACCGGAACCUGCAGGCCUACUCUACAAACCCCCUGCUGGUGCAGCCCUGUCAUUAUGCCGGCGACCCAGGGUGGGUGAGCGAUACAGAGACAUCCACACUGUGGGACAACGACACUGUGCGGACAGACUGGAGGGGCUCAUACAAGAACCUAAAGGGAGGGACCCCACCGGCUGGAAUUCAAAGCUCCUCCUACAGGGAUGAGCUGUGAAGCACAGGCCAGUGAGCCACUUCUCUAAAUGAGUCAGUCAUUCGGGAAGUCAGGGUAUGUGAAAAUGUGUGCGAGACUUUACCAUUGACUGUACUAGCUCUUCUUGGAUAAGGUUAUUCACCACAGAAGCCUAUUAGGAAUACUCACACACUAUAACACACACCCCUUCUCAGGUGGAAGCUGCUCUGAGAGACCCCCGCUUAGUGCCUAUGUGUGUUUGUCCAUCUGUGUGUGUAUUCUCAGGUACAUACAGUGCAGUCUGAAUCAGCACAGCAUGCAGUUAUUUAUGUUUUUACUUUGUACAGCAGUGCACAAUGAUUUGAAACAAAACAGUGCCUUCAUUGUCAGGUCAGAGUGUGGAAUGUCAAGUUUGCAUGUUGGUGCCAAAAGGGUUAUUUCACUCCCUGCCCCUACCUCUUAGCCCUUAAGCCCUCCGUUUGCACGUUCAUGUCUAGGAGGUAGGGUGUCCUAAUUUGAGAAUAGGGGUGGGGCGAAGUGUUAGUGCUAAAUGGCCUUUUAAACAGAGGUUUUUCAGAGUCACACGCUAAACAGUGUUAUGAAAAAAAAGAAAAACUGGCAAGAUGGCUGUGCGAGUGACCAAAGAAACCCACAAAUGUGAGAAUUUCCUCCAUUAUAAAAUUACAAUAAUUAUUGGUAUUGUCUUUAGUGUUUUUAUAUCAAUGUAUUCAGGUCCUUUUCUUCAUAACAAACACAGAAAGUCACUGAUAGUAUGCUGAUGUCUCGGCAGCUAGAUAACUAAAUUUCCCUGUUCCACCUUAAAUAGUCCAGUAGUGCUGACACCUGAAACGCCAGAAUGUAACUGCUGCUCCAUUUAAGGUGGAACAGGAAAUGUUUGAACGAGAAGCUGGUGAGUAGCUGACUCCAGCUUCAUUAUCACCAAAGAAUUAGUUGCUCCUCUGUUAUCACUGCAGACUGGCAGGGUCGCCUGCAGAGCACCGUUAGUCGUGUUAAUGAAGUCAUGUUCUUUAUUUGAGGGUUGUCCCUUUUCAUAGGGGAAGAUUUCAACCACUACCCCUUGUAACUCAGUUCCAAUUGGUAAGGUGGCACUCAAAAACAAGGGGUACAGGUAAACAUAAGAAAUGGGAUGGGCCUAAACUACAUGUGGAUAUCUGUGUAUGAAGUAUGGACACCUGGCCAUCACACUUGUGAGUUUGUUGGACAUCCCAUUCCAGCCCAUGCGUAUUACUAUGGAGCUGCCUCUCAAACCAAGGCCUGGCUCAUAAAUCGACGUUCCAGUUUACUCCAAGGGUGGUCAGUGGGGUUAAGGUGGGGGCUCAGUGGUGUCCCCUAGAGUUUGUCUACACCAAACUUGUCAAACUAUGUCUGGAGCUCACUUUAUGCACAGGGGCACAGGAAGGGGUCUUCCCCAAACUGUUGCCAGAGAGUUGGAAGCAUUUUAUUGUAUAAAAUGUCUAACUAAUGCUAAUUAAUGCAUCUAGUGCAUUGCUAUGUUUGAUUUUCACUUUUUUUAUUAUUAUCUGAUAGAUUUAUAAAAAAAUGUUAUCCUCAUGUUGGCCUAAAAGCUUCUGUUUAAUUAAGCUGGUCUGCUUUGCUGCCGUUGACGUUGAUUGGUGCUCAUGCUGACAGAUAACAAGAGCCAACUACAGACCAAGCAGCAUGUCAAAAAUAUACUCUACACACUUUGUUCUCUCUUUUGUGCGCACAGCCAGCUGAGAAACAGUUGAGUUGCUAAUUGUUCAUUUACUUUCUGUCCUCUAAAAUGGAAGGACAGUUCAUCCUGUAUUGGCACACACACACAUCAAUUAAAGCUGUCAAUCUGCACAUGAACUGCCCAGACAUUGUUUCACUUCAGAUCCAGUGUUCUGGAGUACAAAGCCAAAACAACACAAACUGCCCUCUGUUCAUACACUUACAGACUGCACUGUAUGUGGUUGCAUUAGGUUGUUGAAUAGGAGUAACAAUUCAGGAAUGAUGAGCAUCCCAGUUAUUAUUUGCUAGUUUAUUACUAUUGUUUUAUUGUUCUGGCUCAUUUUUAAAUUGAGCAUGUUUUUUAAUAAGGCAUUUUAAACACAAGGAGGAAAUGUUUUGCAAUGUUUGUUCAGAUUUACACCAAAGUCCAAAUAGACAAUUAAAAUGACCACUUUGCACAGAUGCUGAAAACAAUCAGAAGAAAAAAAACACGUGUGAAGUUAUGGGUAUGUUUGUGUGUACUUCUUUUCUGUACCUUUUUCCAGUCAGUACAGUUUAUCUGUUUGGUCCAUCUUCAUCAUCAUCAUUAUCAUCUUCAUCUCCCUUAAUCUCAUGUUUUUUCUUAUUUAUUUCCUUCUCUUGGCUGUUUAUUUUCUCCUGAAGAACUGUAAAUGUUGAUGUAUAACAUAUUUGGUUGUCUUUAUAAAAUGGUCUAAUAAAAAUGUACAUGUUAA